GAAAUUGAGGAGUUUCCACCCCUUACGGAGGCAAAUAACUUUGGAUGGCAAAUCAUUUGUAUUCCAAUUGAUUAAAUAACUUAUUCAAAUCUACUAAUUUGAAGUUGAAUCAAUCAUGAGUUCAUCACAGGAGGAGGCUGUGACUUUGCAGGUCACACUUAACAAGAUCUCUCAUCCGUCAAAGCCAGCAAGCAACAAGUCUUUCAAAAUCAAAAGGACCCAGUUCAAUCAAAUUGACUCCAAGGAGGCUCUCAUUACGUUUUUGUCAGGUACAGAGCUCGCCUUGUCUUCCAGCAAUGCACCUUUCCUCGAAUUUUUGAGGAAGUCCAAGAGACAUAAAGAGUAUGUUCCACUUGAAACACCAAGCGACUUCAGAACUUUGGCCAGAAGCCUAAUGGUGAAGAGUAGAGUAAAAUUGAUUAUAAAUGAUCGAAGUCCCGUAAUUGUUAAUGAUUACAAUGAUUACAAACUGAUCAAGGAGUCGACAAUUGAUUUUAAUGCUUUAGGUGAUCGCUUAAUUGAGGUUGCCAUGGAGCACUUUAAGGACCUCUUUUCCCAACCCCCAAGCUCAGUUGGCCCAGAACCAAGUACUCCCAACCCAAGUGUUAAUGAAAAGAAGCAUGGCGUAGGUGCUGCUGCUGCUGACGAGUUGGUGGUUCAUGAAGGCAUCUUGUGUGACGGUUGUAAUCCAAUUGGUAUUGCGAAUGUGAUUCCAAUGAAAGGAGUCCGCUACAGCUGUUUGGUAUGCCCGGAUUUUGAUUUAUGCCAAGCCUGUGAGAAUCGACUGCAAUCUGGUGAAGUCUUUUUGGAGACACAUUCCAAGUCGCACGCAAUGGCAAAGAUAACUACUCCAGGCCAGAAUGUUGCAAGAGGGGACACAGAGAAUAGAUCUGAUACCCAAUGUAAGAAUUCAAGUGAUUUCGAAGUUGUUUGUGAUUUGCCUCUUGAAAAUUGCUCCGGAAAGAUGAAAGAAAUGCUCCAGGAUGUUAUUAUCAAGGGUGAUACUACAACUUUAUUUCAAAAUUUUGAGAAGUAUCUUAAGAAUUCGGAAAGAUACGAGGAGUUAGUGUCGUAUGCUAGUUCAGUAACAGGAGAAGAGAUACUGGGGGAAGAUGAGGAAAUCAAAUUUGCAGUUUUGAAAAGCCUUAUUGAAUCAAAGAAAAGCUUUGACGAAAAGCCAGAACUUGAUGAUAAGUCUAGUCAACUGAAAUCUUCAAAGCAUUUAGGUACUGUUCACAUUAAACCUAAAAAAUUAUCAGGAGCCAAUUCAAGAAUGAUCUCCUUGAUGUUAGUAAACAAUUCCAAUGAAGUUAUUCAGGGUGGAAACUUCAAAUUCGAGUUUUCUAAUGGAGAUUUCUCGAAAAUUGUUGUGAUCAAAAAUGCAAGUGAUAUCAAACCCGGGCAGCAAAGAUUCUAUAAUCUUGGAGCAUUAAACGAUAAUUCCAAUGAGAUUUCAGGAACGAAUUUGAAAAUCUUUAAUUCUAAUUUAACUUUGGAGGGGAAAUUUUACAGUGACCGCAGCUCAGAGUUACUGAUUUACGAAUCCGAUGGGUCUGUAACGAAUGAAGUAAAUGAUCAGGAUAGCUCAGUAAAGUCUCCAGGUGAUUCUGGUUUGGUGACUGUCACACUAGUUCCUAAGUCCAGCUCCAUGUCCCAAAUUAUCGUGCAUAACAAAUCUGACAAGGAAAUCGAUUGUUCUGAGUUGAAGCUAGAAGUUGUCAACUACUUGGACUCCGUGGUAUCUUCUGUGACCAUUCGCAAGAGUCAUGGUAUAAUGCCCGGUAAAGUGGGCAAGUUCAAUGUGAGUUUGAUUAAUACCCAUAUGAAGUAUCCUUUCAAGCUAAUUUUGAGGAACGGGUUCAUUUAUGGAUCAUGUCUCCUCAGCUUGAAAAAGUUGACAGGAGAAUUCGACUUUUCAGUCACCGGUUUGCCCAACUUCGAUGCUGGUUCGGAAACUGAGUCAUGCGCCGAGGACUUCAGAGAAACCAAUGAUUCGGAGAAUACUUCAUUAUCUGAAUAUGUAAACGAGUCACCCUCAAUUUCUUCAUUCCACUCCAUGGUUUUACCUGCUUUACCAAAAGAAUUAAUGGUCGAUUCAACAAGUUCUGUCUCUGAAUUUGUUGAUGCAAAAUCAACUGAGUCUAUUGAGACACUCCAGAAAGACAAGGAAGAAGAAUUUGAUAUGAUCAGCGUGGAAGGUGAUGAAGAAAGUUACUCCGAUUACGAGAUUUUGUCGCCAGCAUCAACCAAUAAUGCUUAGUCUUAGUUAGUCUUUUCUCCGUGUUUUUUUAUAUACCUGAAAUUGAUGUGCCUAAAAGGAAUCCAUACUGUCUUAGGGAGUAGUGCGGCUCAAAGAGCUUGGUCGAGGGUGGUCGUGUCAAACUCAAGUGCGAUUAUCAAAUGGAGUGAAAUGAUUAAUGAACUUGACAUCAAGGUGUCCUAACCAAACAUGUCACCAAUAAUCAAAGAAGCAGCAGAGGGUAAUGAAACUGAAGGUAUGUACAACUAUGAAUCUCUGUCAUAUAUGCGUCAUGCUAACCAUAGAACAAAUAUAUAGGAGAAAAUGUGAAGAACUAAGG